CAAAAGAUGGCAAGACUUAAUCAACGCCAAUGGGAAUCGAUUUGGUAGGAACAUGUUGUUUGUUUGUGUCCAAGGUUACACAACUGUCACUAGCAAACAGUUGUUUUUUUAUCUCAAGGUUGAUAUUAAUCCGUCCUGAGUCUGUCCCUGCGUGACGAUGGGCCACUGAUCUUAUGUCGACAGAAGAAAGCCAAAACAUUGCAAUUGGGCUUCUGCUGGAUUAAAAAUUCGGAGGAUGUAAAAGUGCAAAGAGCACCUGAAUUUCCGGCUCGCAUCAGCAUCAGCAGCUUCGUUUACCAUACUGCCUAGGAGCAUCAGCGCAUCUCCACUUUACAUGUUCAGCAGAAGAGAACGAGGUCUUUGUACUUCAGAAUCUCCUACUCGUAGACUCAAACUUGCUCCUUGUCUGUUUUCUCGUGAUGGCGAGAGUACACCGGAAUCGUACCACAUAAGGACAUGGAGAACCAGCCGAACGACGCAAGCAGGACUCAGCCCUGUAAUUUUUAUGAAGGCAUGAUAGCCCGACUUUUCCUGCACUCUGAACUGUGCUUCGGUUGGUGGGGCUGUUACAUGUUUGGACUGUGGACACAAAGAAUGCGGGCAUACUUAUGCAAUCAAAACUAUCUUUGCGUUUGCAAUAAUUCUUAACCACCUUGAUGAUCACCAAAUCCUCGUCCAGGAUGCAAAAACAGAUGUCCUUCAGUUCUCUGCUGCUGGAUCGCCUCGAUUCGAAUACUACUUUCGGUCUAGACAAAAAAAACCUCUUUGGAAGAGGAGGAAACGUGCUCCGAAUGAAUAUUUGGCAAGCUUGACCGUGAUUUUUAUAAAGGUCUUUGCAGACUAGAUCAACGAAACCACGUACCCACACUGGGGAACAUUUACCAAGUUGUCACUCGCAAGGAAACUUUCUGUGCUUCGGUGGUUGAAGCAGGUACUUGCAUGUGUAUACUCUGAUUCGCGAGUUCCACAAAAGUUAUUCGAGCGCAUGAAAUGAUUUCUUGUCGAUGGCGCAGACGCUGAAUCAGUCUUCGACCCACAUACUUUUCGGGCUAAAAGAAGGAUGGAACAGAACAUACGGGACCAAAACUUUCUGUGUGUCUCGUCGACUCACCAGUUCAGCUCUUCGAAAGAGAGAAGCCCACUCCACGUCACUCACUCGCUCGCUCGCUCGCUGCAUCGGCGAGUGCAGAAAGAGCUCAGAGCAAAAAUGGCCGGACAUGGAACUGGACUUCGCCCCAUAUCUAGACCACAAUUAUUGCCCGUCGCAUUUUUGACCAAACUACUGACCGUGUGCUACAACGGAGUCCACCUAACGCAGUACCAGGUAUCUAUCACACAACGACAGCAACAGCAACAAUUAAAUUGAUCAUUGGCUGUGACAUGUCGUGAUGAGCGCCCCAACUGCAAGCUCGAGCAAUACCCAGGCCCAUCUCGUACUCUCCUCCGGUCAGGUCAAGCGGCCGUGGUAGGGGUGGAGGUGACGGAGCAGGUUGACUUUCUUUUGAAGAGCACUGUAAGCCGCGGUUUAGUGAAUCGUACUGGCUCACGAUGAGCCUUAUAUUCCUCGGGGCUUGCGCUUCAAGAACUUCUGACCGGAGACCGGCUGAUCCAACCACCGGCAACUGGCCUGUUUCCACUAAGCCACGAAGCCUCCGCGUGCUUCGUCCACAGCUUCCCUCCCCGUCCUUUCCUUCCCCUUCUUCCCCCUUCCUGGCCCCGCUUCCCCAAAUGUCAUUCUGUCACUCUCGCGGUUGCAGACUUUUCUCGAUUCCCCAUCCUCCGCCGUCUCCAUCCAUCCAUCCAUCCGUCCAUCCGUCCGUCCGUCCGAUCCGUCCAGACGAGGCGCCCAGGAGCCAGCCCCCAGCGUCAGAGGGUGCUUCGAUGGCGUUCAGAAUGUUGGGGGGCAGAGCUCACGGCACGAUGGGAGAUGGUGGCCAUAAUUGUUGCGCUGCUGGGCUCAGUCACGGUGACGAUCGAGCGCUUUUCUGCGCUCGCGGCGGCGAAGACGUUUGCGAGAAUGGAUGAUCAGCGAUCGCGAGUCGUCGUCAUUUGAGGGAAUUUUAUCGAAUAGUUGGGCUGUUCAGCUCGUUUAUGCCUCAGGACUCGAUCGAGAACCCCGGAAAAAUUCCUCACUCUGUUUCUCUCAUACAUCACGGAUUCGAACUCCGCGCAGAUGAGCCAGUUUUCUUCGUGGACUCGAUCUGAAACGAUCCACUUCCCCGACCCGGAAUGACGCAAUUCGCUGUUGCUGGACUCGACCGACCAUCCGAAUGCCGACUCGAACGGAGUCCUGCACAGGGGCAGGAAUCCACGAGAGCCCGUCAGAUGUAACCAAAGAAUCAAUAAACCCAUGAGCUGCUGGGCUGGUCCUAGCUGGCAAGCCGAGAACGAGAGCGCUUCUUCGCCCACACGACCUCCUGAUUCGCGCAUGGACUUUCGGGGGAGGGGGGGCUAUGAGAUGUUCCCCCGUCGCAGAUCCUCGCUCCUCUGUUCUAUAAACUCUGGGCAGGCCGGGGACACGUGCCUCGCGGUAACGUAUGCUAGUGACUCCGGCAAUGACCGGCCGGGCAUUCGUACCGGGUUCGUACUCCGCAGUACGCAUUGAGCAUGGAGCAUUGAUGAGCGCUCCUUGUGACGAGUUAGAACCCACCGGCCCCGAGAGCCCCGUCUCCACAACCAGCUGGUGGAUGGUGGAGUUGGCCACAGCAUACAGUGAGAAGGAAAGUGAGAAUAAAGCAGCGCUCGCUCUGUUGACUAUCGGACAUGAUCGACGAUGUCCAAAGCCUGGGCAGAUCCAGACCACCAGCACGAGCUGC